UUCCAAGCAAACUUUAUGCAUCAACAGACAAAGAUUUACCCUCAAAACAUAACCAUUCUCUUAACAUUUUUUUUUUCUCUCUCUCUCUGUGCAGAUCAAGCAAAACCCACACCUGCCAAUUCUGACAGAGGAAAUCCUGACUUUAAAACAGUGGAAGGAAAGCAGGGCGGUUCGAGUUCUGUGGUGAUCGCUGUGGUGGUGUGUGUCCUGCUGCUGCUCAUCCUGGUGGCUUCGCUCUUCUUCCUUAAUAAGAAGGGCAAACUAGGCUGCGGGAAGAAGGACCAGAAGGAAGUGGCUUCUGGAGGAGUGAAAGAUAAUAUUGUGGUGGAGAUUAAGCCCAGUGAGAAAAGCAAGGAAGAGGCUGGUCUGCUAAAGCCUGCAGAACAGGUGAGCGGCUAA